GCAGACAGCGAACGUCACUGGGCGGCUGAAGGCGGAGGGCAGUGAGAGCCGAGCGGAGCUUCCCGAGAGGUGCGGAGACUGCAACUUUCCGCAUUCGGACUGAACACAUUGCUGAAUGCGCCGGCUCAAGCCACCUGUUCCAUCACACAACUUCGGGCUCGAUCUCCAAGAAGUAGCAGCAAUGAAUUUCACUCUCGUGAAUCAGACUGAGAGCACCAUCUACUUUAACGGGACCGAUUCUUUGAGCUCGGUGAUCAGAUGCUGCCCUGAUAACCUUUCCUCGGUGGCGACAGGCGAUGGCUUGGUCCUGAAUGAUCCGGAUGAGAGAAACCUCUACAUCAUGAGGGUGGUCCAGAUCGCGGUGAUGUGCGUCUUAUCUCUCACUGUUGUCUUUGGGAUAUUUUUCCUCGGCUGCAAUCUGCUCAUCAAAUCCGAAGGGAUGGUGAACUUCUUGGUCAAGGACCGGAGACCGUCCAAGGAGGUGGAAGCGGUCAUAGUUGGCCCUUAUUAGAGGUGAGCACCAAAAGUCGUGGCAUCGUAACAGGUUCAUGAAAGCGGCUGUGCCAUUGACACGAGUAGACAUGUCCUGCACCGAACCCAGAGAAAUGGAGGGAUCUUUGUGCAAGUCAGUAUUUUCGGUAUGGAACAAGGAAGCCAGGCUGUUGGGAUUGCUCCCAGCUGUCGUGCGGGCAACGCUGGACUUUGAAACAAAACGGCAAAAUGUUGCAUCCUUUUGAUAGUGAUCUCUUAGACAAUGACUAAACAUCCUGUCUGAAGCGAUUUGCCAAUUGCUUUCGGUGGCCAAAGCAGAUUAUUUUGAAGAAUGAACAGGAAUAAUUGCACAAGUGAAAUACGAACCGAUCAAAUAUUGCGACGUGGAACCACUUUCCCGACUGUUCCCUUCUGAAUAUAACCUGUUCAUUGCGCUCUUUGAUUUCUCCCCCGACCCCCCUCGUAUUUAUCCUGCUUUUUAAAAUUUAAAAUCAGUCGUUUAUCUUGACGUACUUCGCUUCCAAUGUUUCUACAAAACAUUUCGUUAGCUCUUUUUUCCCGCAAAUAUGUGCGAAGUCAAGUUGCAUUUUUAAUGUUAUUUAUAUAAGAAAAACUUAAUAC